AACCCAGCUAUUUGCAAUAUUCAAUUAAUUCGGUUAGGUUCCAUACAGAACCAACCGUUUUCUUAACCCUGCCUACGGAGCCUGCGCGACCAACGAUAGACAUAGGUUGUGAAUCAAAAUGGCUGCGCCUCUGCUUCUCAGGCGCUUUCCGUUCCUUCGCCUCCAGCUUGGCCGGAACCGCCUAGCCGCCAGAACAGUCUCUCCACUUCGGCACCCUUGGAGCACCACGGCCGACCCGACUCGACUGGACGAGGAUGUAUCCACUGCGGAAAAGACCACGGCAGUGUUGAGCGCUCGGGACCCCCCCUCGUACCCAAGGUGGGAUGAUCCUGAUCAUGGGAGGUGGAAAGAAAUGGAAGGAGAGAUUCUGAGAGAUAUAGAGGCCAUUACUUCCCUCACUAAAGAAAUUCUCCACUCUGACAGGUAUUUGGAUGGAGAAAGUCUGACAGCUGAAGAUGAGAAAGCUGUGGUAGAGAACCUUCUCAUUUACCAUCCAAAUUCUGAAGAUAAAAUUGGAUGUGGGCUUGACUCAAUCAUGGUUGAUCGCCACCCCCAAUUUAGACACUCAAGAUGCCUGUUUGUUGUAAGAACUGAUGGUGGAUGGAUAGAUUUCUCCUAUCAGAAGUGCCUGCGAGCAUAUAUUCGGGAUAAGUACCCAACGCAUGCAGAAAGAUUUAUUCGAGAGCAUUUUAAGCGUGGCAGUGGAUGAUGUGUAUUAAAACAGAAGCCUACAUUUGAACUAAGUUACAGUUUUGGUAUUGGUAGAGAUGUUUGUCAUACAAAUAUUUUAAAUAUAUGCAUAUGGGCAGAGAAUUUUCUUUUGGUAUUUGUGUCCAAUAUGCAUCCUAGAUCCUAACAAAAUGUCAAAUGUAGUAGAUAAUCCUUGACUAGCACUUCCAAGUUUUGUUAGCAACGAGGACAAAGAAAAUGAUUGAAGUGAAGCUCUACUUUGUUGACUUGCA